GUUUGACAUUGACAGCUGACAACUAUUUGCAACUAACUUCACUUUAAAAAGUUCCUCAACCACGUGCGGUGUUUUUAUGUUUGAAACUCGUGUUAUGAAAUAAAGAAAAUGGGUAAAUUCAGGUCAAAAUUGAAGGGGAAAUCGAAAGGGAAGAGAUGGCAGAAGGGACAGUCAUCAAACUCCAACCCAAAAAUACAGAAAUACCGAGAGAUGGCAAAAUCCCGGUUUUUUCAGGAAAAUCUAGGCAGCACCGGUUUAACACAACAAGCUGUUUCUAAACACGAUGCCAUGAUGACUUAUGGACAUGCAUCACUGAAGAAGAAAUCGGAUGCUGAAAACGAGUUGCUCAUAGCUAAGGAGCUAGAGAAUAUGUCUAUGAAGAGUGGGGAUGAAGGUUCAGAGACUGAAUACUCUGAAUCCUUCAAAGCUGGCACUUACAAGACAUUUCAAACAUUUGCCUCUGACUGGAGCCAAUGUUCCAAUAUUAGUUUCAGCAAAUUACUUACAAGAUUUGACUCAAACAAUGGCCUCCACAAGGAAAUGUUAGCAGUAUUAGCUGCUGUGACGGAAGUAAUCAAAGAACAGGGAGGCAAGGAGUCCACCACUGAAUACUUUGCAGCUCUGAUGGAAACCCUAAAGUCAUCUGAAAUGGAGGAGAACCUAGUGGCAACAUUGACUCUAUUGUCUAUGGGUAUCAAGGCUGUACCUCCAGCAGUAUUGAGGAAGCAAUUCUCUGAUGCAGCGACUACAUUCAUGGAUAUAUUGGAGAAGAAUGAGCAGAGUGAAAAUGGGGCAUUGUUGAGGAGUGCCAUUGGUUGCCUCUCUGUGUUACUGAGGGCUCAGGAGUAUGCUCUUUGGGGUGAUUCUUCCACGAUGAGGGUCUUUGAGUCCAUCCUUGCAUUCUCACUACAUUCUAAGCCUAAGGUACGUAAAGCAGCUCAGCAUGCAGUUACAUCAGUACUACGCGGCAGCUGCUUCAUGAUCCCAUCUGAAGAUCAGAAAGUUAAGGUACCAAAACUCCAUCCGGGUUCAAACCGUGUCGCUGAAUUUUGUCUGUCUCAGAUCAAAGCUGAAGCUUUGUUGGCUGGACAUCGAACGGUUUUACACACACUGACGAUGCUCAGAGACGUAUUGCCUGUAUUCAGCAAGGAUUAUAUCAAGUCGAUCUGCGAGGCGAUACUCUCCCUAAUGACACAUAACAACGUCUAUAUAAAGACGUGUUGCCUACAUACGUUGCACGCGUUAUUCUCAAGUAGUCGAGACUCAAGCAAUAUGACUGCGUCUCUAGCAGUACAGCUGACGAGGGCGUUAAUGGCCGCCCGCCCGCCAGCGAAUGACACGGGACAAGUUCUAGCUUGGGCGGCUGUGUUACAACAAGGAUAUUGCUGUUUGGCUAAUCUGGAUUUGAACCUGUGUGUGCCGAACUUGCCAGCGUUCGUGAAUAUCUGUGUCUCCGAGUUGUGGCUAUCUGACGUCGCUGACAUCAACUCCGCAUCCACUAACGCUUUGAAGGCAGUUCUAUUAGACUGUGUGAAGUUAGCGCUGGAUUCCGACGAGACGUUCAUCAAACACAAGUCUCAUAUCGACGCUAUCUUCAAGAGUAUCGGCACGGGCUUAGACAAUCCAUUCAACCAAGCUAUCCGCCAUGUUAUAAUGACUAUUGCUGUGUGUUUCGAGAUCGGCAAUGAAAAAGUUGCGAAUACAUUGGGACCUCUUUUGAGGAAACUCAACGAUCGUCGCGAGAGCCACAAUUUUGACAACGACAAGGAGGUUGAAUACGCAACUGGAUGCGCCAUUAAAUCCCUUGGCCCUGAAUUCGUACUUCGAAUAAUACCCUUACGAGACGGACCCGAAACAAUAAACUUAGAAAGAAGUUGGCUCUUACCCGUACUAAAAGAAAAAAUAACAAAUUCAAAUCUAAAAUACUUCGCUACAGAAAUCCUAGAAAUGGCAACGUUUUGUCGCAAAAAGUCCAGAGAAUUGACCCAAAUGAAGGAUGUACCCGGGUCACACACUUACGAAUUACUGUGCAAUCAAUUUUGGGCUUUAUUGCCAUCAUUUUGUAACAGUCCAAAGGAUAUUAAAGACAGUUUUAAAUCUAUAGCAAGGGUUUUAGGUAGCGUUUUGAAAGACAAUCCGGAGUUUAGGUUGUCUGUGAUGCAGGCUCUUAGGAAGCUCAUCACAUGUUCAGCUGAUAACGAAGAAGAUAAAAUGGAAUUGGGAAGGUUUGCGAAGAAUUAUUUGCCAAUUUUACUGAAUGUGUACAUGUCGCCUGCGAAGGGAAGUUAUGCUGAGGGUCAUAGAUUGGCUGCUUUAGAAACUAUACAGGUAUACCUCACAAUAAGCCACCAAACACUACGCGAAGAACUAUUCACAAACGCCUUACAACAGCUAGAAACUUCAAAGGAAAAUCACUUCCAAAGGGAAGCGAUUCUAGACAUCAUAAGGACGUUAGUCCUAUAUCAAACAAGCGAACGCAUAGCGAAACUUUUCGACGAAUGGGUAUACCCACUUUGCGAAACAGUCCUAGAAGAUCCUAAAAAACAUAAAAAGGCUAAAAAAGAGAAUAAAAUGGAGACAGAGAAUGGAGAAGGAGGAGAAGGAGAAAAGAAGAGUGAAUUGAAAUAUAAAGAGAAAUCUAAACUUCUUGAAAUGGAACACAAGAAGGCUUAUAGGAUAUUAGAAGAGAUAUUUAAAAGUGAAAAAGAGAGUUGUAAAGAGUUUUUGAAAGAGAAUUAUAAGAAGAUUAAGAAGUUACUUAUGUCUUCCUUGAACAAAGUCGCUGAUAGUAGCAAAGCUGCUAGGUUAAGAUGUAUAGAACAUCUUAUCAACACGACGCCGUUCUUGAACGCGGAGAGCAAGUUAUUGAAGAGCGCCAUUGCAGAAUCUGUGAUAUGUACUAAAGACAUCAAUAGCAAAUGUAGGCAAUGCGCUUUCAACCUUAUAAACAGUGUUGGAAACGUUCUGAAGUCACAGGAAGGAGGCAUGCAAGCGUUCGUGAACAUGCUAACAUCUGGUCUCUCGGCGCCCCUACCUCGCAUCGUCAGCGCGACUCUCCGCGCUAUAGCAUCAGCGUUGUUCAACUUCUCCGAAGACAUGGGGCUGGAGACGGUCCAGGGUCUACUGGAAACCGUAGUGGAACACAUGACGAAUAAUAACAGGGAGAUCGUGGCUGCUUGCAUGAGUUUCUUGAAGGUAUAUACAAAAGUGCUACCAACAGAUGUCCUAGCGGGCAGUCUGCCAGUGAUUUUCAAAGCCCUAUCCACAAUGCCAGAAGACUGCAAGAGACAUUCCCGGCUGGAGAUAGGAUACUUCCUAACGAAGAUGAUGAGGAAAUUCGGAGCUGAUACUGUUGAGAAACUGAUUCCACCGACCGAUGAGGUCAUGUUGAGACGGCUGAGGAAUAUCCGGAAGAUGGAUAAUAGAAAGAAGAGACAGAAGGAGAAUCAGAAGGACCAGUCAGAUGAUUCCGACACUGAUAUGCCAAUCAAGGGCACAUCCAAAACAUUAGAAGACAUUCUCAAAGACUCUGACUCCGAAAUGGAGUUCUUGGAUGAAGAGGAUGAUAAGCCAAGACCUAAAGUCAAGAAGAUGACCAAGACAAAGGCCAAAAACCAGGCCUGGAUCGAGGACGACCCAGAGAAUAUUGUGGACUUGGCUGAUGUUUCAGCUUCUAGGAAGAUUACAGCAACCGACCCAACACGUAAACAGAAGGCAUCAGAAGUUAAGGCACAGAAGAAGAAGGAUGGUGGCUUCAAGACUGCACCUGAUGGCAGAUUGAUCAUCACUGAUGAUGCGUUCGAUAAUAAUGAUGAUGAUGACACCCCAAGACCGAGUGGGGAUAUUGACACGGAUACUGAUGAUACUGAUGCCGAAAAAGAAUCGAAACCCUCAAAACUGCUCAAGCCCGGUGCCAAGCGCCGUUACGACGAUAUCCUCAGCUUGAAGAGCGGCAAGUCCAGCAGGAGUCGAGCGUCUACAGUCACUGUUGGAUCUAAGUACAAGGCUGGAGGCAAGGGUAUCCAUAGGCCACUAGGAUCGGCUGCGUCAGUGGCUUCAGGCGCUGGAUCAGAAUACAGAGCGAAGAAAGCGAAGGGUGAUGUAAAGAAACAAGGCAAACACGACCCCUACGCGUAUCUACCACUAUCUAGGAAGAAUUUGAAUAAAAGGAAAAAGGCUAUCACAUCGAAACAGUUUAAAGGCGUUGUCAAAUCAAAAACUAAAUUGGGGAAGAAUAAGAAGAAAUAAGAGUGGAAAUAAUUAUAGUGAAAUAAUUUAAUUUUUAAGGUCGUUUUAAUUAUUGUUGACAGUUCUUAGUUGAUUUUGGACUAUAUUCAAAAGGAUUUAAGCUGAUAAUUAUAUUGUAAUGUUCAUCAGACCUGGCUUUAAAAAUAAGUAUGUAUAAACGCUUUACUAUUAAAACGAACUGUAAACAAGAUCUACGAAUCUUAUAUAUUUUCAUACUGCGGGCAAAAUUCCAUUGCUUGUAAAUGCAAUUAAAAAAGUAAC